AUGGUCAUCGCCAAUGUCAUUGUUUAUAAAGUUGCAAGACGCCAUGCUAUACAGAUAGAUGCAUUAAAACAGACGGCGUCUAGUGACAAAAUGAGAUAUCCCGACAGCGUCAGUGAACGGCAAUAUGCUGCAAUAAUUGUAUUCGUGAAAAUAGUGACAGCCAUCCUGUGCUUACAAACUCCAAUCAUUGUAACGAUGAUUAUAAGCACAAGUUACCCAGAUCUUCGAGAUCAAACUCCAAUGCGAGUUUUUCGUUCGUUAGCAUACCUGUGCUUCCUCAUAAACUCAUUUGUAAACUUAUAUAUGUACAUUUGGAAACUGAAGGAAUGUGAAAUGAACUUGUAUUAUAUGUUAGCAAAGUUUUUCAAGCAGUAUAAAAGCAGAGCCGAAGUGUUACGUCUGGAAGUUUAUAAUAUAGUGGUUUCUUCCCAGGCUGACACCUAUGUCUAG